AUGCAGGUGCCUGUUUCGCACGUGCGUCUGAUUACGCUGGGGCCAUCGAGCGAGCUAUUCUUGCAAUUAGUCACAGGCGAGAUUGACAAGCGCGUCAAGGCACUCACGCUCACACAGCGGCAACCUUGCCUGUCCAUCUUAUCUGGCGACAGUGGAGUCUCCUGGAGGCGCCGUCGGAGUGGCAAGUUCAACGUGGUGUUACCACGAGAGGAAACUGCGCCUCCAUUUUCGACGGGCAGUUGCGUGUUGAAGUUGUCUGCAACGCUGGGGGUGUUUUGCGGUGACAAUGCGGAGCGAAUUUCGCUCGGAUUCUCAGCUGGAGCGAUGCAGAAGGCAGGCACACCUGUCCUGUUGUCAAGCGGCCAGCCACGACGUGUGUUGGUCAAGCGGACUCAAGUGCAACACGAUGGAAAUUACAAAUUUUAGACGCGUGGAUAUUGCGUGAAAGGCGAGCCAACCGCCUGUUGCUAAUACACCCCGGGGUGACCGCUGCAGCGGCAUCUGGCCAUGUUGCCGAACACUACCAUAGACAAGCUGGUUGUCUACGCAGGCGAGUUCCGAGGACUUUGCCUACUGAUCUCAAAAAGCCCAG